UAAGGUAAUUAUUUUACACAAGUUGAGUGAUUUCUUAAAACUAAAUGACAAAAAAAUAGGCCUAAAUCAUAUUAUACAAUACAGGGCUAUAUACCAUUUUCACUUUUACCUCCUUAUUACACUUAGUUUUCGUUGAUAAUAGGUUACAGCAGGCUACAGUGGUUCAACAUGUGAAGAAAAGGUAAGCAGAAAGAUGCAAGCUCAUGUUGGACCUCCUCCCGUUCGCUGUGACGCAAUCCAGAGUCCUGGCCGGAGCGCUGCUCCAAGCUCCAAACUGGCAUUCAGGCUUUGGCGCUUAAUGCUUCCACUGCGCCCUCACUCAGAGACUGCUGUCCCGUUACUGGGGUCCUCUAGGGCUCCCCGGGUUAGAACACAAGGAUCACACCCAUCCAGCCGUAGCAAGGGGGGAUGACUGAGAGAAGUUGGGUUGUAAUCCAGAAAAUCCGGCGCAGUCCUCCAACAACAAUAUGAUGUCUGCUAUAGAGACUGGUGCCCCCGUGUACCAACCUGCGCAGCUGCUCAACUGGGUCUAUAUGUCUUUGCAAGACACCCAGAGCAGCGCUUUUGAUGCGUUCAAAGCCGAGUCGGACGCUUCUCUUCAGGACAUGAACAACUCCAAGCGCAGCGCAGCUGAUCUGAGCUCCAACUAUCUGAACAACUUCUUCCAUCUGAGGAGUGAGGCCUUGAACAACAACUUCUACAAGAGCUCCUCACCCUAUGGAUCCCUCAACAAUAUCGUGGAUGGCCUGAGCUCUCUGGCGGACCAUUUCUCAGACCUCUCCCUGUCCCCCGAGACACGCAAACCCAGCAAAAGACCGCCGCCCAACUACCUGUGCCACCUUUGCUUCAACAAAGGACACUACAUCAAAGACUGCCCUCAGGCUCGACCCAAAGGUGAAGGCCUGACCCCGUAUCAGGGAAAGAAGAGGUGUUUCGGUGAAUAUAAGUGCCCUAAGUGCAAGAGGAAGUGGAUGAGCGGGAAUUCCUGGGCUAACAUGGGACAAGAAUGUAUCAAGUGCCAUAUCAAUGUUUACCCUCAUAAGCAGCGACCUCUGGAGAAGCCGGACGGGUUGGAUGUGUCGGACCAGAGCAAGGAGCAUCCACAACACCUGUGUGAAAAAUGCAAAGUCCUCGGCUACUACUGCCGCCGCGUGCAAUAACACACUCUGCUUGACUUCCUUCAUUUUAAUCGAAAAGGGACGGUUACAUUUUAAUGACUAAAAACACAUGGUAAUAAACUCUAUUGUGCUGUAAUGCAUCUAACAGUUUAUUCUCAUGAAAAUAGUCUCUCUGACGCCGUGACUCUCGGUGUAAGAGGCUCAUUGUGGAGGAAUUUUUCUACACUUUCUCUCAGUGGAGACGAGUACGUUGCGUUUGCUGGGUGCUAGUGAGUUACUCGGUUGUCGUUAUGUGAAUAGUCAUUUGAAGUCUUAACUAUGAACCAAGAAUCUUACCAACUGUGAAUUAAGAAACUUUAGCUCUGUGUCUGCCUUCACUCGUCUCGGAACAAAAUUCACGAGUGAAGUUUCCAGAUGAAGAUUCUCUUUUACAUGUUUGUAUAUUCCAGAAAUAACUUAAAGUGAUGUUUUCUGUAUAAAAUAUGCAACAAGUCUUUACUAAGAAGGAUAUGCAGUAUUAGUGUGUAUCUGCAUUAUUGUCUGUAUUAUACGUACUGGAGGGUACAUAAUUUUUGAAUAUAUUUUUAAGCCAUUACGGUUUUGUUGAUUAGUACACUUUGUGAAGGAAUAUAUUAGCCAACUAACAUUUAUUCUUUAUAUACUAUAUGUGCCUACAAUUACUUGUGGAAACACUUUGUAGGUCGUUUGUUAUUCCAAAGUUGUAAACCAAUGCAAUAUGAUAGAAACAUUUUUUUUUUCUCCUGACAAAUAGAAUAACCACCACCAAAGUGCUUUUUAUGGGUUGUAGGUUGUAAUGUCUCAUGUUACAUGACAGAAAAAAAAAGGAAUAAUGUGAAUGUACCAAAGAUCAUGAAGGAUGAAGUGGAAGGUAGCAUGCGCAAGUUGCUUUAGAUGGUGUCUGUGACGAUAAAUAAUGGUAUGGAAAAGAAAUACCCUACGGUUUUUAACUGUUUAAGAUGUGUGACACGCCAUUUAAUGUGCCUUAUUUGGAGUAACCCAUGAGAUGGAGCUCUUGAUCUCUUAAAAUGUUUUUGUAUUAAAAUGCAUUUAAGCGAG